GGCACUCUUCCUUUCUUACCAUUGUCUCCUCACAGAUGGAUUUUCUUGUUCAAUCCCCACCGUUCUCUUCCAUCGUUGUCCCCAAGCCUCUCCAGCUCCAACGGAUCCAAAUCAGAUGGAGACCCAAAUGGACACUGCUAGCACGAUCAAUGGUUGGAUCUAAACCAUGCAUGUCGCAAGAGAUCUUGCGCCGAUCGGCGAAUUAUCACCCUACGAUUUGGUGUCCCAAGCUAAUCGAGUCUUUAACAAGCCCCUACACAGACCGACGCUUUGUGGCCCGCCUUGAAGAAUUGAAGAUUGAAAUCAAACGGUUGAUUAAAGAGACUGUAGAGCCGUCCGAUCGACUAAAGCUCAUUGACUUGAUCCAACGACUUGGAAUUGGAUACCACUUUGAGAAGGAGAUCAAGGAAGGGCUAGAUGAUGUUUAUGCGGCCCACUUCGAUUAUGAUCUUUGCUCGGCUGCCCUACGAUUUAGACUUCUACGACAGCAUGCUUAUGAAGUCACCUCAGACAUUUUUAACGAAUACAAGGAGGGGAAGUUCAAAGCAUGCAUAAGGCGAGAUGCACAAGGGCUACUGAGUUUAUAUGAAGCUUCAUACCUUGGAAUGCAUGGAGAAGUAGUGUUAGAUGAAGCCAUGGAAUUUAGUAGAAGUCAUCUCAAGGGCUUGAUGGGAAGCAUGGACAGUGAUCUAACGGUGCAAGUGCAACAUGCAUUUGAGAUUCCCAUGCAUUGGAGGAUGCCAAGGCUAGAAGCAAAACACUACAUAGAUGUGUAUGAGAGAGAGAAUGGAAAGAGUUUGGUUUUGCUUGAACUAGCCAAGUUGGAUUUCAACCUUGUCCAAUCCAAACACCAGCAUGAUCUCAAGGAGUUAUCAAGGUGGUGGAGAGAGUUGGGUUUGGCCGAGAAGCUUCCAUUUUCAAGGGAUCGAUUGGUGGAGAAUUACGUGUGGGCGAUGGGGAUUGCUUCAGAGCCCCAGUUUUCAAAGUGCAGGAUAGCUAUCACCAAACUCGUUUCGAUUUUAACGGUGAUAGAUGAUAUGUACGAUGUGUAUGGAUCACUAGAUGAACUUGAACUCUUUACGGAGGCAGUUGAGAGGUGGGACAUUAAGGAUGUGGAUGUCCUUCCAGACUAUAUGAAGAUAUGUUACCUAGCGUUAUACAACUUUGCAAACGAAAUUACCUAUGACACCUUAAAAGAUUAUGGAUGCAACGUCUUACCUUUCAUCAAGAAAGAGUGGCAAAAUUUAUGUAAAGCAUACUUAGUGGAAGCAAAGUGGUUUAGUAAUGGGUACACGCCAACCCUUGAUGAAUACUUGAUGAACGGUUGGAUAUCUGUGGGUGGCCCAGUGGCCAUGGUUCAUGCCUAUUUUCUUCAAGGAUGCCCAAUCACCAAAGAGUUGAUUGAUCAGUUUAUGGACGGCUCAGAUCUAAUUUAUUGGUCAUCAGUAAUAACUCGGCUUAGCGAUGACCUGGGAACUUCUGAGGCUGAGAUGAAGAGAGGGGAUGUACCAAAGGCGAUCCAAUGCCGCAUGAAUGAAACUGGUGGACCCCAAAAGAGUGCGCGAGGACACAUCAAGGGCUUGAUGAGUGAUGCAUGGAAGAGAUUGAAUAAGGAGUGUUUGAGAAGCUCUCUUCCCAAAACAUUCGUAGAGAUGGUCUUGAACAUGGCACGUACGGCUCAAUGCAUCUUCCAGCAUGGAGAUGGCAUAGGAACUGCAAAGGGUGUGACCAGGGACCGGAUCAUCACAUUAUUCAAGGAACCAAUUUCAAUUUGAUUAUCUUCAUUGGUUUGGCAAGCACGUGGAAUAGAGGUGGGCUGUUUUGGGUCACCAAGGCCUUUUGAUCAGAUGAUCAUAACAGUCACGUUGUUGGAAAAUGGGUCAGGUGCAGGCCCAAUUCAGAUAAGCUUGGGUUAGGUCUGAUUGAGUGUGAGCUAAGAUGAUCCAGACCAGACCCAUUUAUCUGUUCGUGGG